UCUAACACUGCCCCCCCCCUUGCAGGGGAGCUGGAGGAAGAGGAAUGGGGGGCAGGGGAAGAUGGCCCCGAGGGGGGUGUGACCCCCAGGGGGGACCCUGACCCCCUCGACAUCCUGAUUUUCCAAGCUGACCAGGUGGCUGCUCAGCUGACGCUGGUGGAGGCGGCACUGUUCCUGCGGGUCGUGCCCUACCAGUGCCUGGGCUCGCUCUGGUCUCAGCGUGACAAGAAGGGGCGGGAGCGGGACUGCCCCAGCGUCCGUGCCACGGUGCGCCAAUUCAACCGUCUGGCGGGGGCCGUGAUCCGCUCCUGCCUGGCAGGACCGGGGCUGCGCCCCCAGCAGCGGGCCCGGAUCCUGGAGAAAUGGAUCCACGUUGCGGAGGAGUGCCGCGCCCUGAGGAACUUCUCAUCUCUCUGCGCCAUCAUCUCCGCCCUGCAGUCCAGCCCCGUGCACCGGCUCAAGCGGACCUGGGACGAGAUCGCCAG